AUGUCCGCCUCCAGGGCUGCGCAAGCGAAGAAAGACAAUCUGAUGCGCCUAGAGGUGGGAAACUAUAUGAACCUGCCUCCUGUGGGCCCUCAACCUCAUCAUAGCCGGCAGAACCUGACUCUGUUCUUGUUCAACCCAGGCCGUCAAGAUCUGAUCUCCCAGCUAUUAAACACCCUCCCCGUGGGGCCCUCCCAGGGCCAAAUGAUGAAUCCCGCAUCUGGAGGUCAGCGAGGGGCAGCUUUUCCCAGUUAUUAUAUGGGUCACAGAGACUCGGUGAGUGGGGCUGUCCCCAUGGAUCCUCCCACCAGACUAAGAGGUGAUUCUAUUUUCUUACCGCCCCCAGUGUCGUCCAAAUAUACAGACAGUGAUACCCAGAUGCCUGUGAGCGCGAAUGUGCCGCCGGGAUCCCUGAGACUGAACAGUAUUUUCAGCUCUCUUAUCCAGAUUCCUGGAUCUACAGGAAAUUCGGUGAGUGGGCAAUCUGUAAAAGAUUCAGGGAAAAUUGACAGCCGGACCCGCCGUUCGACCACAUCUACGAAUGAAUACUACCAGGACGACGACUCUAUCAACAAAGACAGUUUAAGCAACAUUUUUGGCUGGAACCAAGACAAACUUUCACUUUCUGGCCAGGGCGCACAGUCGUCUGGCAGCAAACGCAAUACAAAGCUGUUUGAUACCGCUAAUUCCUUUUGGGAUGCUCAGAAUGCCGGAAUAUUCAGCCUGAUAGCAGGAAUCCCUAACAACGAGUUGAAUGCUUUCUUGGCGAAUCUUCAACACAAUGGAAGCAUUGAUUUUACGAAUAUGAGCAAUGAGCAGCGACGCGACUCAAUCCUCAAACUCAUUAACACCCAGCAAGUUCAGGGAAAGGAUGCGUCAACCAAAUUGAGGGAAGACAUUUUUGACAAACACCGUGGCUCUAUGCUGGGUCCCCGUGCGAACGAUAGGAAGCCAAGUAUUCCAGAAGGUGGUCACUUUUCGCCUACUUCCUCGAUGUCUCUGAAAUCGUCUCAUAAGUUUAACGACGAGCCACAAUCACCAAAGACUUCCCCGAGCCAAAUGCAUGUGUCUACUAUGAAUCCAAAUGUCGCCAUGUCCCUCCAGCAACAACAGCAGCAACGGCAGCAACAACUACAACAGCCACCUCUACAGCAGUAUGGAAAUGUUGGCAACUCGGGCAUUAUACAGAAGCAGCAGCCUGUACCAUAUUAUCAGAAUGUUUCCGUUCCACAACAGGAUGCUUAUCAGUAUGGCUAUCAAGAAGGAAUGGCUCCAUAUCAACAGCAAGGCCAGGCUAAGAAGCCUGACCAGUACUCGUUUCUGGCUCCAUCCAUGCCUCAGGGUAAUCAGGGAGGUCGAAUGGCGAAUCCAGGAUACCUGAUGCAAGCUCCAACUAAUAGUCUGCCUCCAAUUUUCAAGAAACGUCAAUUUGCACCAGAAACCGAUAAGGGUAACUAUUCUUAUCAGCUGGUUCAACCGACCAACAAUUCACAAUUGGGUGAGCCUUUUGAGCCAAAUGUGGAUGAUAAGCACUUGGUUUCAGCUCAACAGUAUGCCAGGUCUGAAGAUGGAAGACCACUUCUUGGUGCAACUAAGGUUGACCAGUUGAUGCUUGUCAUCCAGGCCCGUGAGAAGGGUAACACUAAUGCGAUUAAACAAGCUGCUGAUGGAAGUAUUUUAGCAACUCCGAAUUCAGGAGAAAAGGAUGGAGUGCUUCCACUUGCGGUAGAUUUGGUUGGAGGAAUUGAGAAACCUAGUAAGGAUGAUGAUACGGAUGACGACCAAGGCGAUAAGAAAAAGAAACGUAAGGGUAAGACUCAACAAUGUCCCUACUGCUUCAAGCAAUUCAAUCAGUCGACUCACCUUGAUGUUCAUGUUCGUUCGCACAUUGGAUACAAACCGUUCCAAUGCACCUAUUGUCUUAAGAGAUUCACUCAAGGUGGUAAUUUGCGGACUCACAUGCGACUUCACACUGGUGAGAAACCAUUCACUUGUUCUGUCUGCAAUCGUUCCUUCAGUAGAAAGGGUAACUUGGCUGCACACAUGCUCACUCAUAACAAGGAGAAACCUUUUGAGUGCAAGUUAGAUGGGUGUGAUAAGUCCUUUACUCAGUUGGGUAAUUUGAAAUCUCACCAAAACAAGUUUCAUUUGCCAACGUUGAAUCGGUUGACUCAGACUCUUGCUGAGCUUAGUGGGGAGGAACUCGCUAGCUUGAGUGACAGUCAGAAGGAGCUAUUGGAAUAUUUCCGGAAUUUAUACAAAAAUUCCAACAAAGGUAUUCGUGGAAGAGGAAAGGGCAAGCGAGUUGCCACGGUGAAUGAGAUGGGCGGUGACGGUGCUAUAUCGGCAUCUUCGAGUGCGCAUACCAGUCCACAACAGGAGACAAUGCAAAUGCAUCAAUCUAUGCAGCAAAUAUCACCGCAUCAGAGCCCAUCACAGCUCAUGAACCCCAAUUCUGGACUAGCCCCAGGACAUGUGAACUUUGGCCUGCCAGAACAUCAAAAUUACUAA